AUGGAUAUCGCCACAGUAGAAUACAUGUUGCAUGGAAUUUCUUCUCCUCUUCGCCAGUGGAGUCCUUUCUCCAUCCUGCUUGUUUUUCAGUCUGACUGCUCUGCCUCAGUAAAGGAUCGAAUGGAUGCAAAGAAUGCCAAGAAACCUAGCCCUGCUUUAGAGUUGAUGCGGGUUUUCCCCUUCCUGAAGGCUUCUCCUCUCCUGCAGACAGUUACAUUAAGGGUGGGCAAUGUGCAUAGUCUUGAGCAAAUGGUCUUCAACGCCGCCUGA